CGUGAUUCCCGAAUCAAAGAUCCAGUAUGGCGGAAUCUGUCAGCUCUCGUUUCAGGAGAAUAAACACGACUGUGUGUGAUUCUGCAUCCGCUGAUAUACGCUGUUGUGCGGAUUAGUCAAGAGAAGGAAACCGCUGUCUUACUGAAAUCCGAUUGAAGUUUUGCAGCUGAACAUCAUGAGUCAAAGUCAUUCAGAGUCUCAGAUGGGUGAGUCAGUGAAGAUGUUGAAGCUGUCAGCGUUUGAUCACAUUCCUGCAGUUGAGUUGAGUUCAGCGCUGCCUGUGCGAGUUCCUCCAGCGGCGAUCUCGAUGGACCUGCGUGUGGACACGUCACCGGCACUGGACUCGACUCGCUGCGAGCAGCAGGAACUGAUGAUGCUAAAACACAAGCAGCAGGUGCAGCGGCAGAUCCUUAUUGCAGAGUUUCAGAGACAACACGAGCAGCUGUCACGACAACACGAGGCCCAGCUACAGGAGCACAUGAAGCAUCAGCAGGAUCUUCUGGACCUCAAACAUCAGCAGGAGCUUCUGGAGCACCAGAGGAAGAUGAAGCAGCACCGUCUGGAGCAGGAGAUGGAGAAACACCAGCGAGAACAGAAGCUUCAGCUGCUCAAGAACAAAGAGCGUGGGCAGGAGAGUGCCGUGGCCAGUACAGAAGUGAAGAUGCGACUGCAGGAGUUUGUUCUGAAUAAAAAGAAAGCUCUCGCUCAGCGCAGUCUCAAUCACUGCAUUGCCAGCAACCCGCGCUACUGGAAAACUCAGCACAGUUCUUUAGAUCAGAGUCCUCCUCCUCAGACGGCCGUCAGUACAUACAGUCAGACUGCCAUGGGCAUCUACGAGUCUAAAGAUGACUUUCCUCUUCGCAAAACAGCGUCCGAGCCGAAUCUUAAGCUGCGUUCUCGCCUGAAGCAGAAAGUGACAGAGCGACGGAGCAGUCCAUUACUGCGGCGGAAGGAUGGCCCCAUCAACACGCUGAAGAAGCGCUCCCUGGACAUGGCAGUAGAUUCGUCGUGUAGCAGCGCACCUGGUUCAGGGCCCAGUUCCCCUAACAACAGUUCACACGGCAACCUGUGCGAGAAUGGUGUCAGUGUGACCAUCUCCACAUCAUCAAAGGAGUCGUUUCUAGCUCACCAGUUAGCUGGUCAUGAUGGUUCAGUCGGUCAACGAUCUCUGUAUACGUCUCCUUCACUACCCAACAUCACACUGGGUCUGCCCGCCUCUGCUGCCAACAAUGUGAUGUGCACACAGCAGGACAGUGAGCGUUUGUCUAUGACCAGUUUAUCCAUUACCACUCCAUUACUGACCAGCUCCAUUCCAUCAUAUCUUGGCAAUUCUGACACCACAAACUCCCACAAUACACUGCUGCAGCACAUGGUCCUUCUCGAGCAAUCGGCUCCACCCAGUCCUUUAGUAGCUGGUAUGGGUGGCGUCCCGCUACAGAAGCUACGGCAUCACCGGCCGCUGGGCCGUACGCAGUCGGCUCCUCUUCCUCAGAGCACACAGGCUCUUCAACAGCUGGUGGUUCAACAGCAGCAUCAACAGUUCCUGGAGAAACACAAACAACAGUUCCAACAGAUGCACAUCAACAAGAUGUUGAGUAAACCGAGCGAGCGACAGCACCAGAUUCACCCGGAGGAAACGGAAGAGGAGCUGCGAGAACAACAGGCCGUCACACAGACACAAGAGAUUCACAUGAACAUCAACAUUAAACAAGAACCUCCUGAUCUACAAGAGGACGAACAAGAGCUGCUCUUCAAACAGCAGGCUCUUCUAUUGGAACAGCAGAGAAUUCAUCAGCUCAAAAACUAUCAGGCAUCAAUGGAGGCGGCUGGUGUGUCAAUUACUUUUCCAGGUCACCGCCCUCUUUCCAGGGCCCAGUCAUCUCCUGCAUCUGCAUCGUUCAUUAGUAUGCAAGAACAACCUUCCAAAACUCAUUUCACCACAGGUCUGGUUUAUGACACACUCAUGCAGAAGCACCAAUGCAUGUGCGGCAACACAAACACACACCCGGAACAUGCCGGUCGCAUUCAAAGCAUCUGGUCUCGACUGCAGGAGACGGGGCUGCGCAGUCAGUGUGAGUGCAUUCGUGGAAGAAAAGCUUCAUUAGAGGAUCUACAGACAGUUCAUUCUGAAGCUCAUGUGAUGCUGUACGGAACAAACCCACUACGACAAAAACUAGACAGUUCUAUCAUGUCAAUGUUCGUGCGGUUGCCAUGUGGCGGUAUCGGGGUGGACAGCGACACGAUCUGGAAUGAAGUUCACUCGUCAAGCGCCGCACGUUUAGCCGUCGGUUCUGUAGUCGAGCUUGUGUUCAAAGUGGCAACAGGAGAGCUGAAGAACGGCUUCGCUGUGGUUCGGCCGCCAGGACAUCACGCAGAGGAGAGCACACCGAUGGGCUUCUGUUACUUUAACUCUGUUGCCAUAGCAGCUAAACUCCUGCAACAACGACUCAACGUCCGCAGAAUUCUCAUUGUUGAUUGGGAUGUUCAUCAUGGCAACGGAACUCAACAAGCGUUCUACGAUGAUCCAAAUGUUCUUUACAUUUCACUUCAUCGUUAUGACGAUGGCAAUUUCUUCCCGGGCAGCGGAGCUCCUGAAGAGGUGGGCAGCGGCUCAGGUGUCGGAUUCAAUGUCAAUGUGGCGUUUACUGGCGGUCUGGAGCCACCGAUGGGUGACGCAGAAUAUCUCGCUGCCUUCAGGACAGUGGUGAUGCCGAUCGCUGACGAGUUUGCACCAGAUAUCGUGCUGGUUUCUGCAGGUUUUGAUGCGGUUGAUGGACAUCCUCCUCCGCUGGGAGGUUAUAAACUCACCUCCAGAUGUUUAGGUCACCUAACUAAGCAGCUGAUGGGGUUAGCGGGAGGUCAUGUGGUGCUGGCGCUAGAGGGAGGUCAUGACCUCAGAGCCAUAUGUGACGCAUCAGAGGCGUGUGUGUCUGCACUGUUGGACAUCGAGCUGGAGCCGCUGUCAGCAGAGCUCUUGAAACAGAGACCCAAUGAAAACGCUGUGAACACUAUAGAGAAAGUUCUAGAAAUUCACAGUCAGUACUGGAGAUCUGUGCAACGUUUCAAGUCCAGCGUGAACCGCUCACUAACUGAAGCACAGAGGGGCGAUUCUGAAGAGAACGAGACUGUGACGGCGAUGGCAUCUUUAUCUGUCACUGUGCUGGAGAAACGGUACGGAUGUGUUUCCAACUUCACUUUCAUCUUUUCUUUAGCUCUCACACAAUAUGUGCUGCGUUUGUUUUAUUUCUUCAGAACGGAGGAUGAACCAAUGGAAGAGGAGCCGCCCAUGUAGAGGAAGGAGUUUAUGAAACCAAUGAGCCUUUCAGGGUCUCUGCGUCUAUUUGACUUUGUCUUCUCUUGUCUCACGGAGACGCUCGCCGAGGGUGGCGGUGAGCAGAGAGACGUGUUGGUCAGAUAGCAUUAGCGCUGCCGCCUGCUAGCACUGUGGCCCGACGCAACACGUUCAUGCUGUUUUUGGAGAUCUCCGUCCUGUUGGCCCUGAUACACAAACACAGAGGGCUCGUUCUGACAGAUGGACAGAUGACUGAAGAAAGAGGGAAAGCAUCCAACAAACCGUCUACAGGCUCCAGAAGACUGUAAUGUUUAAAGGUGCACUCAGUAAUAUUUUUCUUCAUUCAAAAAGUUUUACCCCUAAAGAAACACAUGUAUGAAAUCAUGAAGACUUACAUGAGAUGAAGACUCCAGUCAUAUCAGUAACUUUAUAAAAGCUGUUAUAUUCUACAUGGGGAGGCCAUGUUAUGAUCACAUGACCAGACAUGCUACUAGGUGUCAGCGUAAGUCCAAAAUAACAUGCUUAAAAACCUCCUGAGUGCACCUUUAAAAAGAAAAACGAGAUCUUCAUACACAGGGUACCGCUGUGACUUGAGCGUUUCUGAGCAAGUGCCUUAAAUUGAACUUUACAUUCAGACGUGUAACUCCAGUGGAGGGUGUUUGGAGAGAUUUCAGCAUGUUUACUUCGACAGCGGUGUCGACUUUUUAGUCUGAAACAUACUGUUGAAACAUAUAUAUUUUUGUCCUCUAAUGAGCUCUACAGACGCUUCAGAAUAUGGCUGCAAGUGACAUCACAGGACUAUGUAUGAAAAACUAUGUAGCUUCAUGAAGAAAAACUUCGAGGACGCCAUUGAUUUUCAGAGUGAUUCAUCGACUCGCAUGCGCUUUUCAAGAAAAAUCUACAAAACUGGAAUGUGGAAAUAAUGGUGAAAUAUGAAAUGAGUUUGCAUCAUGUGUUGCACCUUUUUCUAACCAAGUCUUGUAAAUUGUUUUACAUGUGGAUUACAAGAACACAAUUGUACUUUAAUGGUUUUGCCUUUUGGAUUUUUACAUGGGAAAGAGUUGAGAGAUGCUGCCGUACCAAAUCAACUCGUGCACUACAAUCUGUGUAAAAAUGAAACUGAUGUUGGUGACCCCUACGCAUGAAGCGGGAUUAAUACAGUAUGCAUGUUGAAAUUUGUUUUCAUUUUAUUUGCAAUAAAGUCUAAAUUAACCUUGAGCUUCAUCUCACCUCAAACACUUCAGUUAGUUUCUUUGCAACUAAUAAAUAAACACUCAAAUUUCUAGUUCAGUUACUCAUUAUUUAGUGAGGUUUUAUCUUUUGGAGUCAUUCCUGUACUGAUAUUGCAGAUAUUUGUAUUUUCCCUGGUGGAUUGGAUUUCACUGUUAUAUUUAAUACUACAUACUUAGACUUUUAUUGGGCUGUUCACAUUUUUUCUACCAUCAUCACAAAGACCGUUUGUGUACAUAAUUUUCUGUUCAUAGUCAAUUUAUGAAAUAAAAUAUAGAUAUGAAAC